CACCCCGGAUCUGGAGGAUCUGGAGGCGGAUACGAGUCUGACCUACUGUAGUACAUGCACAAAUGAAGAUGCCAGAUGCACAGACGCAUCGGUUAUGUUUCUUGUUUUUGGCAUUAGUUUUUGGUGUCGGGACAGCGGCAGAGGUCUCCGUAUGGAACGUGGAGAUCAACUCGACGCAGGAUGCUGUGUUUCGAAAGACGCUGUACGCCAACACCACCAUCUUCAUGAAGUUCCAGGGUGACACAGCGUCAUGUGAUAGAAACCUGGCCUUCAACAUCAGCUGGUACCUGCGCUCCUCUGUUUGCUACAACGAGGUCUUUAACACACCAGACAACAAAGCGAUGAACAUGUUUGGUAUGGACCACAUGUUGAAGGACGGCUGGAGUGGAUUCUACAGUCAGGGCUACAUGUACUUCGACAACUGCUCCGUCCUCUUCUUACCCAAGGUGUAUUACACAGACUUCAACCCAUAUCAGCCUCUCAGUAGCCCAAAGAGUGACCCAUCAAAUCAGAGCCUUAUUUGGCCCGACAAGCCGGAUAUCAGUGCAGUGGCCAAAGCCUGGGAGGACAGUCCGUAUCUGUUCAUCGUGAAGGUGCAGCAUUUGUUCCGUGGCGUUGACGAUGAAGAUCUCAUGGCAGAGCAGCUCAACUUUGCUUUCACAAUGAAAGUGGAGAUGAAGGGACCUCAUGACUACUCAUCUCCAGCAGACUGGCCCCUGAUGAUGUUCUUCAUGAUCAUGUGCAUCGUGUACGUGCUGUUCGGGGCUCUCUGGCUCUUCUGGUGUGCCUGCUAUUGGAGGGAUCUGUUGCGGAUCCAGUUCUGGAUCGGCGCUGUCAUCAUCCUCGGCAUGCUGGAGAAAGCUGUGUUUUACUCAGAAUACCAGAGCAUCCGCUACAAAGGAGACUACGUUCAAGGUGCUGUCAUUUUUGCUGAGCUACUUUCUGCACUCAAAAGAUCUCUAGCUCGAAUCCUGGUCCUCAUUGUCAGCCUCGGCUAUGGCAUUGUCAAGCCGAGGUUGGGCACCACAGUGCACCGGCUGGUAGCUGUCGGGCUUCUCUACUUGCUCUUCUCCUCUGUGGAAGGUGUGCUAAGAGUGACGGGUGGUUUCUAUGGGACGGUCGCCCUGGUGGCUAACCUCAGCCUCUCCCUUAUUGACUCAUGUGUCAUGUGGUGGAUUUUCAUCAGUCUGUCUCAAACCACUCGUCUCCUGAAGCUCCGCAGAAAUAUAGUGAAACUCUCUUUGUAUCAGCACUUCACCAACACUCUCAUCUUCUCUGUUGUCGCUUCCAUCAUAUUCAUCAUCUGGACCACCAAAGUCUUCAAGCUGGUUGACUGCCAGACGGGUUGGAGGGACUUAUGGGUGGAUGAUGCCUUCUGGCGUCUCCUGUUCUCCACCAUCCUGCUGGUUAUCAUGGUGCUGCUGCGGCCCUCUGCUAACAGCCAGAGGUUUUCUCAUUCUCCUCUGAUUGAUGAAGAUGAUGACGAGGAAGAGGCCAAAGAGCCGAUGCUGAAUGAAGCUUUUGAAGGAAUGAAGAUGAGAGGCUCAAAGCCGGACUCUAAUGGCUCCCAGAAACUGUUGAGUAAAGAGGAUGAAGACCUAAAAUGGGUUGAGGAGAACAUUCCUACAACUGUUGCCGAUGUAGCUCUCCCUGUAAUGCUGGACGAAGAAGAGGAAAUCUUGAAAACCAAGAUGGAAAGAUCCAAAAUGGAGUAGAAGUAAAUGAGGAAGAUACUGUGAGAAUGAAAAGAAAGUAAUGUCACUGAGCCAGCAAUGAAUGCAUUCUGAGUGAUCUGAUUACCAAAAAAUGUGGGCAAAGCCAACAGUUCUCUCCGGACACUUUACAUUUUUUUUUUAAUUUUAUUUCACAGGUAUAGAGAAACACUACUGUAUAAUGAGCUCAAAGAAGUAUGAAUAGUGUGUUUAUAUGAAGGCAGGACUGUGCAACCCGUAGUUGGAUGGUUUGACUUUUAAUGUAAACAUCUGCAUUCUAGGAGAGGGGAGGGGUGCAAAUACUGAACACAGUAGAGCACUUUGAUGAAUAUUUUAUUUGUUUUAAAGAUAUGUCUUCAGUGUCACAAACAGCCAAAAUCAAGCAGAAACUGGAAAGUAGAAUAUUUAUGAAUACCAUAUCUAACUGUUUUAGAUUUAUACAAUAUUUACCAUUUGGGAGAAGUUUCAGAUGAUUGUAUGAAUGGAGAGGAAAACACAUGCUGAAAACACCAAGUUAUUGCAUAAUAAGAUGAUAUUUAAGCCAACACAGCGUCUGACACUUGAACUUAUCUUCAGAGAUGUUGCUGUGACAUACACUUAAUGUAAAAAAAAAAAAGCUGUUUUCAGCAGGUGUUUUUUUUUUUUUGCAUUACAUCUUAAAUGGGUCACAUGAUUACAUACAUUUAAUAUUUAAAUGAGCAAGCAACUGUGUGGUACGAUUAACCAUUUAGCCAGAUAACUAAACACUAUGUUUUAAUGCUUUUACCUAAUCAGUGAAGAUUUCCUGAGGUUGUUUUUUUUUUUUAUAUAUAGCUGCACCAACGAAUUAUAUAUGUACUGUAUGUCUUAUUGUUAACACAUGACUGACACUUUGUUGUCUGGCUAACUGAGUAAUCCUAAAUAUAGAAAUAAAUAACUUAGUGUACUCUAUGUAAACACAGCUGCAUCAGUGAAUAUUGAUACAUGAAGCGUAUCACAGUUCUCAUGGUCCGACAUGCUACAUUUGUGUUUUGGAGAAUUUAUGUGUUAACUAGAACACACUGUUUUCUGAGCUGGGAGAAUGUAAUGACCUUCUUGGUCACGAAACCCUUUUAAAGUCAAGUAUAUACUAUCAAAAACACAGUGUCAUCAGAAGUGUUUAUAUUGUGCACCCAAGUGUUACACCAGAUCACUUUUCUGAUAUGUCAUCUUCACACAGGACAGUUCAAGCUACUGAAAGUAUGACUCUAAAAUUGGUGAUUUUCAAGCUUUUACUGACAAAUAAAAGACUGCUUGGUCCUUUUUUCAAGUAUUACUGCUAGAAAUGACACUAUAAUCAUGGAUGUUUAUUUUCAUCUCAAGUCACAUUUAAUCGCUUCUCACAUGCCAACAGUGAUUUAUAAACACUUUUUGUCACCACAGUAAAAACUUUUUUUUAGCUACUGAAUCACAGAAUCCAUUGAUAAGUCUCAUAGCUGUGGUGUGCGCCUAAAUUCAAAUAUACAUUGUGAUUUAACGUAUGUAUGUAAUCCCUUUUACUAACUGGGUCAGAGUUUUGUUAAAGCCAUCAGACACAUUCAGUAGCACAGGGAAGUUUUUAAAGAAAACCCUGCACCCAACAUGCUAUAUAAAUAAGUUCCAUCUCACUGCAAUUAAAGAUUCCUUUGACCUUAUCCCAUUCACACUGCAAAUAAUCUUGCCUUAAGCGGCAGAAUGAUACCCCCGUCCUUGUGCAAUCUACUGCAGUAUGUGAGGAUAUACUAAAUUAUGUCAUUUAUGUUAUUUAUAUUUGUCCAAGUCUUGUUAAGGAUAUUUUAUUUCAGAGAGACACUAAAAGCCCAAUUUCUGGAUGUGAGUCUGCAUUGUAAUGUGAAGCUGAAGAUAUUGUAUGGCUUUUUGCGUAUGUCCUGCAAAUAAAAUUUAUAUUGAAACA